UUGAGAGGGUCUUGCAAUCCGCCGCCAUCGCGGCCCCGGGGUCGGGUUGCUGGGCUCAUUCAGACUCUGAGCCUUUGGCGGCUUCACGACAAGUUGCGUCCCUCCAGUAGAACCUCCGGGCGCGUGGCCUAAAGUGAUAUAAAGUCGCGGGCCUACGACCGGGGCUCGCACGUAGAAGUCGGCUCCGGGGCCUUCCGCUUUACAGACUUCUGAGCGGCUCCUUGUCUUUGUUCUCUGCAGAAAUGGGCAAGUUUAUGAAACCCGGGAAAGUGGUGCUGGUCCUGGCUGGACGCUACUCCGGACGCAAAGCCGUCAUCGUGAAGAACAUUGAUGAUGGCACCUCCGACCGCCCUUACAGCCAUGCCCUGGUGGCUGGAAUUGACCGCUAUCCCAGAAAAGUGACAGCUGCCAUGGGCAAGAAGAAGAUCGCCAAGCGAUCCAAGAUCAAGUCCUUUGUGAAAGUUUAUAACUACAACCACCUCAUGCCCACAAGGUACUCUGUGGAUAUCCCCUUGGACAAAACUGUUGUCAACAAGGAUGUGUUCAGAGACCCAGCACUGAAACGCAAGGCCAGGCGGGAGGCCAAGGUCAAGUUUGAGGAGCGAUACAAGACAGGGAAGAACAAAUGGUUUUUCCAGAAGCUUCGCUUUUAGAUGUAUUUUUGUUUUCGUCAUUAAAAAA